AUAGCGAACACUAACCCCUUAGUAUCAGAGAGACAGGAGCUGGCAGUGCUGCAGAAAGAAUACGCCGAGGACGACACGGUUUAUCAGCUCAAGAUCAAGGACCUUCACAAAAAGUACUCGUACAUUCGUAAGACACGACCAGAUGGAAACUGUUUCUACAGAGCCUUCGGUUUUGCACAUCUCGAGUCCCUUCUGGACGACAGCAAAGAACUUCAGAAGUUCAAAGCAGUUUCAUCUAAAAGUAAACUUGACCUGGUUAACGAAGGCUUCACUGAGUUUACUAUUGAAGACUUCCACAACACCGUGAGUAUCCAGCUGCAACUACACCCCCUUCACUGA